CUACGGUAGAAUGUGGUCAAAGGGAAAAAAGAAAAAUAAGACUUAUAGGCGAAGGAAGGAAAGAAAACAUAGCGUGGGUCUGCCGUCAAUUUUUGAAUUGAUGAUUGCUGGGAAUGGAAUGAAUCAGAAUUGGGUCUUCGGAUUUCAUUCCCAUUUGUAAUCCAAAGCAAUGGGUUUGCUGUCAAACAAGAUCCACAGGGACCAACUCAAACCUGCUGAUCAUAUCUAUACAUGGAGGAACGCCUACCUCUACGCCCAUCACGGGAUAUAUGUCGGUGAGGGAAAGGUUAUCCACUUCACUCGGGCAGCUGGGCAGGAAAUUGGCACAGGAACUGUGUUAGACCGUUUCAUUUUCAGCUCAUCUCCAUCCCAUUCUUCAGAGAAUCCCUGCACGAGUUGCGAUGAUCCAUCAGGGCGUGAUGGCGGUGUCAUGUCUUCUUGCCUAGAUUGUUUUCUGUCUGGUGGUGAUCUGUACCGCUUUGAAUAUGGUGUCAAUCCAGCUUUCUUUAUUGCCAAAGCCAGAGGAGGUACCUGUACCCUUGCCUCGUCUGACCCAUCUGAAGAUGUCCUUCACCGUGCCUUUUUCCUUCUCCAGAACGGUUUUGGGAGCUACUGCCUUUUCAAAAACAAUUGUGAAGACUUUGCAAUUUAUUGCAAAACAGGUUUGCUUGUGUUUACUAGCAUUAGUGUGGGAAGGAGUGGGCAGGCAGCCUCCAUUUUCUCUGCUGCAAGUGCUAUUGCUUGUUCACCGGCUCGAUAUUUGACUACUACUUUUAGUGGUCUGAGUGCUUUCGGUGCUGGAAUUUAUUGUCUCCAUCGAUUGGUUUGUGAUAUUGGAAUCCGCCGUGAUGUUUCGAAAGUGCCAGUUGAGAGACUAGUUGAUCGGGUUGGCUUCGUCGAGUCGGAGGUUGCAACUGAGAUGGUCAAGUGAGAGUAAUUUAUGUGCAAAUACUAGUUUUGUGGCUUGUAAAAGAAUUGUCAUGGAAUUUAUUAUUGUAUCUUUGUAUGAUUGUAUCAACAUUGUAAAAGUAUUUGUACUUGGAUGUUUAUGUUUUUUUUUUUUUUUUCCUUAUACGAAAAUGAGUAUAAUAAACUCAAGGAAAAGUCUGCUGAUCCA